CUACUUGCUCCUUCCACUUCGCCUUCCACCUCGCAACGAAACGAAACCCCAUGGCUUCCCGUGGGCGCGGUUUCGGCGGAGGGCGGCAAGGCCCUGGUGGUGGGCGCGGCAGCGAGGGCAGGGGGCGCGGGAUCGGUGGCGGCGGAGGUUACCAACAACCCUACGGUCGCGGCGGUGAUGGAGGCGGUGAAUCCGGAGGCCGAGGCGGCGUGGGCCGAGGGCGCGGGGUCGGCGGUCGCGGCAACGGGGGAGGCCGCGGACCCGGCGGACGAGGUGGCGUCGGCUACCAGCAGCCGCCACCGCCGCCGCUCGGGAACGUAGAGGUCGGAGGCCGGGGCCGCGGUGGCGUGGCGGUAGCUGUACCAGUACCAGCCCGCCCCGCGGCGCCUCGUCCUCUUGCGCCGGUCGUCGCUGCCCCGGCAGUUCCAGCAGCGGCCUCGUCUUCUGCGCCGCCGGCGCAAGCGCCUCGUGCCCCCGCCGGGGCGGCUGGAGGCGGAGCUGCCUUGGCGGCAGGCAUGGGGAGGUUGGCCGUGGCCGACAACCCCGCUCCUCCCGCGCCUGCUGCAGGUAGAUCCGAGGCGCAAGGUCCUGCGCACCGGCCUCCGCCUCCGCCCCUCUCGAGCAAGGGGAUCACUCCGCCUGCGCGCCCCGGGUUCGGCACGUUGGGGAGGAAGCUCAUCGUUCGCGCAAACCACUUCGCUGUCCAGGUUGCCGACAACGACAUCUGCCAUUAUGACGUUUUAAUCAAUCCUGAACCAAAGGCAAGAAGAACCAACAGGGUGAUUCUGUCAGAGCUUCUCAAGGUGCAUGGUGCGACAUCCCUCGCCCAUAAGAUACCUGCCUAUGAUGGAAGCAAGAGCCUAUACACCGCAGGCGAGCUGCCAUUCAAAUCAAUGGAGUUUGUUGUCAAGUUGGGGCGCCGAGAAAUUGAGUACAAGGUGACAAUCCGAUAUGCGGCACAGCCAAACCUGUACCAUCUUCAGCAAUUCCUCAAGGGUCAGCAGAGGGACGCCCCAUAUGACACAAUUCAAGCAUUGGAUGUUGCCCUGAGAGAGUCUCCUUCUCUCAAUUAUGUCACUCUUUCUCGAUCCUUCUUCUCCAAGAAGUUUGAUAAUGGGGUGGACAUUGGUGGUGGGCUAGAGAGCUGGAGCGGAUAUUACCAGAGCUUGCGCCCAACUCAAAUGGGCCUCUCAUUGAACAUUGAUAUAUGCUCGACUUCAUUUUACCAAUCUAUCCCUGUGGUAAAAUUUGUUGAUGAUUGUCUUGGGCUGACAAACCCUGCCCAACCUUUUUCGGACAGGGAUCGUUUGAAGCUUAAGAAAGCCCUGCGUGGAGUUCGUGUUGAGACUACACACCAGCAGGGGAAAAAAAGCGCCUACAAGAUAACUGGGAUUACUCCUGUUCCAUUGGCUCAGCUGAGCUUUUCUUGUAACGAAGGACCUCAGUUGACUGUUGUCCAGUACUUUGCUGAACGGUACAACUACCGGUUGCGCUAUACUGCUUGGCCCUGCCUUCAGUCCGGCAAUGAUUCUAAGCCGAUAUAUUUACCUAUGGAGGUGUGCCAAAUCAUUGAAGGACAGAGGUACCCUAGGAAGCUCAGCGACACACAGGUGACCAAUAUACUGAAGGCAACCUGUAAACGUCCUCAGGAGAGGGAGGGGAGCAUUAUUCAGAUGGUUCACCGCAACAACUAUUCAGCUGAUAAGAUGGCACAGGUGUUUGGGAUCACUGUGGCCAACCAGAUGGCUAAUGUGCAAGCUCGUGUUCUGCCUGCACCUAUGCUGAAAUAUCAUGAAUCUGGAAGGGAGAAAACGGUUGCACCAAGUUUGGGGCAAUGGAAUAUGAUUAACAAGAAAAUGGUCAAUGGUGGAACUGUUCACAGCUGGACUUGUUUGAGCUUUUCGCGGAUUCAGCUUCAUAUAGUAGACAGAAUAUGCGAGGACUUGGCUCAGAUGUGCAAUUCCAUUGGCAUGGAUUUUAAUCCAAGGCCCGUGACAGAAGUUCAGUCAGCCUCACCCAACCACAUAGAAGCUGCUUUAAGGGAUGUGCACAUGAGGGCUCCAAAUUUGCAGCUGCUUAUUGUCGUUCUUCCAGAUGUUUCUGGUCAUUAUGGGAAAAUUAAGAGGAUAUGCGAGACUGACCUUGGUAUAGUAUCUCAGUGCAUCAAUCCAAAGAAGAAUAAAAACAAGCAGUAUUUUGAAAAUGUCGCCCUUAAAAUCAAUGUGAAGGUGGGAGGGCGCAAUACAGUGCUUGAGAGAGCCUUUGUGCCUAAUGGAAUACCUUUUGUCUCAGAUGUGCCAACAAUCAUUUUUGGUGCUGAUGUUACCCAUCCUACAGCAGGAGAAGAUUCCUCGGCUUCUAUUGCAGCUGUGGUUGCAUCCAUGGACUGGCCACAAGUCACAACAUAUAAAGCACUAGUCUCGGCGCAAGCACAUAGGGAAGAGAUUAUACAAAAUCUGUUCUGGACUGGUACAGAUCCAGAGAAGGGCACUCCAGUGAACGGUGGAAUGAUAAGGGAGUUGCUGACUUCAUUCUUUAAGAGGACUGGACGAAAGCCCAAAAGGAUUAUAUUUUACAGGGAUGGUGUAAGUGAGGGACAAUUCAGCCACGUUUUGCUCCAUGAAAUGGACGCAAUCAGGAAGGCCUGUGCCUCUAUGGAAGAUGGUUAUCUACCACCAGUGACAUUCGUGGUGGUACAGAAAAGGCACCACACAAGGCUCUUCCCUGAAGUUCAUGGAAGGAGAGAUCUUACUGACAAAAGCGGAAACAUUCUUCCUGGAACUGUGGUUGAUACUAGCAUUUGUCAUCCCAGCGAGUUUGAUUUCUACCUCUGUAGCCAUGCUGGAAUUAAGGGAACAAGCAGGCCAACACACUAUCAUGUCCUCUAUGAUGAGAACCGUUUCUCGGCUGAUGCUCUGCAGUUUCUCACAAACAACCUUUGCUACACAUACGCACGCUGCACACGCGCUGUUUCUGUUGUUCCACCAGCCUACUACGCUCACCUGGCAGCAUUCCGCGCAAGGUACUAUGACGAACAAGAGAGCACCGAUGGAACCUCAGUUGUCAGUGGUAGCGCCGCCACAGCCGGCGGUGGCCCACCUGCGUUCCGCAGGCUCCCCCAGAUAAAGGAGAAUGUGAAGGAAGUGAUGUUCUUCUGCUGAUGAACCGGCGCGAGCUGCUGUUUGCUUCUAUUAGUGUCGCAUGCCUUUGCUCCUCAGUAUGCAAGAGGUGUUGUUAGUUUACAAACUUAGCUGCUGAUGCAACUUUGAGUAUUUGUGGUGAGUUGGUACUGAUGGCUGUUCUGACUAUAUUUUGCAUGAGUGCUGUUAAUGAAUUUUAGUUGUGGUUUU